GAUGACCGAUAAAACAGCAAUGCUAACUGAAGUGACAUAUGCUGAAAUUAAACUUGCAGUAAAUACAGACACAAGUGUUCCACCAAAUGAUCAAAAGAAGCUGGAAAAUAACUCUGAAGUAAAGACGGAAGGAUUGAUCUCCCACUUCAAUGUUACAAUUGCUCUGGCAGUUGCUGUGUGCAUCUUGAUGAUAACACUCAUUGGAACUGCAAUAGCAUAUGCAUCUUGUUCAAAACAAUUAAAGUGGAUGGAAAUACAAUUGAAUAAAGUAGCCACAUCACCAGGUGGAAAAAAUAACAGUAAAGUGAGUCAACGUGACAUUUGUGCAAAAGGCUGGACGAUAUGUAAUGAAAGCUGUUACUUUUUCUCUAAAGAAAAGAAAUAUUUUGACAACAGUAAACUACUUUGUGAAGACAUGAAUGCAACAUUAAUUGUUUUUGAAGAUGUCAAGAAACAGGAAAUUGCGAGAUGUAUCAAUAAUGAAAAUCAAUUUUAUUGGAUUGGACUAACUAAGAAUGAGAGCAGUGAAAUGUGGAACUGGAUAAAUAACUUGCCUUUUCAUAACCUGAAUUUAUUUAAUAAUACCAAUCACACAGGCAAGAACUGUGCCUCUAUAUCCCAGACUAAAUGGUAUGCAGAAGAUUGCAAGCAAGACAGGUACUGGAUCUGUGAGAAGAAAGCUUUGUGAAGUACAGAAUACAAAUUAAAUUACCAGCCAUCUCAGAAAAUUCAUAUAUUGUGACAUGAUAGCAAGAGUUUACUUAUUUGAGCAUCUUCUUAUUUAUUUAAAGAAAAUGAAUGUUAAACAAUUUGUAAUGCUAAGUCAGAGGUAUGUUUAACAUAUAAUGCUGAUGCUUUGUUACCAACUGCAUUUACACUAUAUACAAAAAAAUAGCAAAAAUGGAAAUGGAUGAAAAUGAUAUUUUGUACUGUAUACUCAAUGCCACCUAAAUAAUUUGUUCAGUAGUAAUGCAACUUGUUAACCUUAUUGUUGAGAAACUGUAAUUUUUUUAUGUUUGCUUUCCAGAUUAAGAUCAAAUGUUUUUCUAAAAUGGUGAAAUAAAAAUGUUAAUUUUCUUGAUCUUCUUCUGCUUAUAUUAAAAUAAGAUAGGUAAAGAUUGGGAUGCCUGGAAUAAGAAAAGUAAAUGUAAAAUAAAUGGAUAAACCAAAAUAUACUCUGUACUCUGUAA